AUGGCUAACAAGCACUCUCAUACCCUCGUCCUGGGGUGUUCCAUGUCUGAUGUUCGAUCAGCUCUUGCUGUGAGAUGGGCCACAUCUCCGUCUUCCCUGUAUGUCUCAGACUUGAGUAAUGGUGCAAAGUCAUCCUGGUGUCCUGAGCAGGAAAUGAGAGUUGAUAUUUCUGGGAACAAUGACUUUAACUGUUUCCCAGAGGCAAAAGAGUGGAGCGUGCUCAGAAUUAGAAACACGGUAGACGAUGUGGACCAGCAACAAACUACCUACACAGUCGAGGAGCCUGUGGAUCUCAUCAGGCUCAGCCUCCGUGAACGCAUUGAUGUGAAAAUGCGAAAUGACAGAGAGCUUCGAGGAAGAUUGCAUGCUGACAAUCAGCAUUUAAAUAUGAUAUUGGGAGAUGUGGAAGAGACUGUGACUACUAUAGAAAUUGGUGAAGAGACCUAUGAAGAGAUACAUAAAUCAAAGAAACGGAAUAUUUCAAUGCUCUUUGUGCGGGGUGACAGUUUUGUGCUAGUUGCCCCUCUGCUGAGAAUUGGCUGA